AUGAGCUGCGAACCAUGGGAGUUGAUUGAUUCCCUUGUGACUAUACCGGUGGUCAUGAUCUCCAAGUCGUCAGGAGAAUAUCUCCGUCUUGCCCUCGCCACCUCGCCCUUUCCUAUCUCCGUCUCCCUGUACGCGCCUCCGAUGCUGGAUCCGGAAGUGCUGGUGCUGUGGGCGCUCGCGCUGCUGUCGCUCGUGGGCGCGUCCGCGUGGGCUGCCGCGGAGGAGAAGGCGGCGCUGGAGGGGAGGAGUGGCGCGGGGCAGUUCCUGGCGGACCAGGUGGGCGGAAAGGGGAAGGGGUAA